AUGGAAAUUGGAUCUAGUAAGUCUCAAAGUGGAUGUAAUGUGCUCAUAAAACUUGGGAUGGAAUUUGAUUCAGAUGAGCAUGCAUAUGAAUAUUACAAUAAAUACGCUGGUGUAAUUGGUUUUAGCGUAAGGAGAGAAUAUGCUAACAAAAAUAAAGUCCGAGGGUACGUGACUUCAAGAAAAUUGGUAUGUUAUAAAGAAGGUUAUAGAGAUAAACACAAACGAGAUACGAUGGUUCAAAAACAUAGAAAUGAAACUAGGACGGGGUGCUUAGCUCAUUUUAGUGUUAGUCGUCAAUCAAAUGGAAUGUUUCGCAUCACUUCAUUUGAAGAGAAACAUAAUCAUCCUCUUGUUCCUUCUUCUUUGGCUCAUAUGUUACCCUCACAAAGAAAGAUAAAAGUUGCUCAAGCAUAUGAAAUUGACUUAUUAGAUGAUUCAGGAAUAUGCCCUAAAGCUUCAUUUGAUUAUGCUGCUCGUCAAGUUGGAGGACAAUCUUUUCUAGGUUACACAAGGAGAGAUCAGAAGAAUUAUCUUCGGGAUAAAAGAAAAGAUAGUUUGAAACAUGGGGUGGCUCGUAGUUUGGUUGAUUAUUUUGAGAAACAAAUACUAGAAGAUCCUACUUUUCGGUAUUCUUUAGAUCUAGAUGACGAUGGUUUGAUAACUAAUGUAUUAUGGGCUGAUGGAAAGAUGAUAAGAGAUUUUAAGAUUUAUGGAGAUGUUGUGUCCUUUGAUACAACAUAUAGAACAAAUAAAGAGUAUCGACCCUUGGCGUUGUUUGUUGGUUUAAAUAACCAUAGGGAAAUGGUUAUAUUUGGUGCAGCCCUUCUAUACGAAGAGUCAACUGAAUCAUUUGUAUGGCUUUUUAAUGCAUUCUUUAAGAUUAUGUCUGCGGAUAAACCACAAACAUUUUUCACUGAUCAAGAUCCCGCUAUAUCUGCUGCUAUAUCAUUUGUAAUGCCCAAAACAUAUCAUCGCCUUUGUGUAUGGCACUUGGAAAAGAAUGCAUUUAAACAUCUUAAUCAUAUCUUUAGAGCUAAUGAAUCAUUUCCAAGAGAUUUUAGCAAAUUGCUUUAUGAUUAUGAGUAUGAGGAGGAUUUUUUAAGUGCAUGGCAGGAAAUGCUUGAGAAAUAUGACCUUGAGGAUAAUAGUUGGUUGAAAAACACAUUUGUUGUAAGAGAGAAAUGGUCCAUGACAUACGGAAGACAUACAUUCUCAGCAGGUAUGCGAAGUACACAAUUAAGUGAGAGUUUUAAUGGAUAUUUAAGGGGAUAUUUAAAAUCUGAUUUGGAUAUUGUUCAAUUUUUUAAGCAUUUUCAAAGAUCAGUUGAUGAUAAGCGUGACAAUGAGAAUAAGUCAAAUUUUGACAUGACUCAAAGAAUACCUAUUUUAAAGGUUAAACUUCCUUUAUUGAUUCAUGCUAGGGAAGUAUACACCCCAACUAUAUUUGAUAUGUUCCAAAAUGAAUGGGAAAGAUCACUACUGCUGCAAAUUGUUUGA